AUGCCUAGAGCUGGGGACGUGUGGAGGAGCCCUGGGGCGUGGCCGCGCGUUGUGGCCAGCGUGGCGGUCCUCUCCAUCGCCUGCAGGGUGGCGGCCCAGGACCCGCGCCUGACCAACCCAGUCGCCGACACGGUGUAUGUCACAUACAACAUUCAGGCCAGCCAGGGCGUGGCCGCUGCCUCGGCUGCGUCGGCAGAGUCCCAGUACGUGGCAGCCAGGGUAGUACCGCUCGCAACCGGCGACGGUGCCGCCGGCAACCUCCCCUUGCGGCCCGGCGAGACCCCAGAGGCCGCCGCCGCACGCUACAGGAAGGUCCCAGGCGUGCUGUCUGCCGCGCCCGAGCUGUGGGCAUUUGCCCAGGACGCAAGCGGCGAUGAUGGGGUGGCAGCAUCCGACACCUCCGCCGCCUCGCCCUUCCCCUACUACGCACCCACGGGCAACAAGAAGUGGGAUGAGAGCUGGGCGAUGGUGAAGACGUCGGUGGGGUAUGUGUGGGGCCGCGGCGUGGGCGGCCGCUCCGUGGACACUGCCCCCAGCAAGGACGGAGACGAGACGCGGGUCUGCAUCAUUGACUCGGGCGUGGACUGCGAGCACCCCGAGCUGAAGCCCAUGUGCGCAGACGGCGCCGCGUUUGUGCACAACAGGGCACCCCAGCUGGGCCUGCAGUACGCGCAGGACGAGAGCGGGCACGGCACGUACAUGGCGGGCCUGGUGGCCGCUGCCGCCAACGACAAGGGCAUGGCGGGCAUGCUGUACAAGGGGUCCGCAUUGUAUGUGUGCAAGUUCAUGGAUGGAGACGGCGUGGGCUACAUCAGCAACGCGCUGCAGUGCCUCAGGUGGUGCAUCUCGAAGAACGUCGCACUGUCAAUCGCCGCCUGGGGCACCAACUUAGGUGACAUGGAGUGGGAUGGUCCGGACACCGUGGGCGCCCUGUACUGGCAGUUCCAGGAGGAGAUGAAGCAGCAGGGGCAGCGCCACCUGCUGGUCACUGCGGCGGGCAACCAUGGGCGCCAGCUGCGCGAGCAGAAGGACUGCCGCUCCUUCUUCUUCAUGCCCGCGCAGCUGAAGCUGGGCAACAUGGUGGUGGUGGGGGCCACAGACGAGACGGACGACGUGUGGAGGGAGGGCGGCGGCAGCGCCACAGGCGACACCUGCUCCGCGCCGGUGGAGGGGGUGGGCAGCAACUAUGGGUCGCGCUGGGUGGACAUCAUGGCACCCGGCCGCCUGGUGUGGACCACGCGCCUGCGCACCGCGGCGGAGGCGGCCGACGGGCUGGCCACGUACAAGCAGGUCAGCGGCACGUCUGUGGCCACCGCACUGGUGGGCGGCGCGGCGGGGCUCAUCCUGGCGCGCACCUGGAACUGGGCGGCGGAGGACAUGGUAGAGGUUCGGGUGGCGCUGCUGGAGGGAUGCGACUCGGUCCAGGCCCUGUCCCGCAACCUGCUGGACAGCAGCCAGCAGGUGGUGGGGGGUGGCUGCCGCCUCAACGCCUACAACGCCCUGGCAGCAUACUACUCUGAUGACGACGACUGGCCCUGGCUGCCGCCCGGCAUGUGCGGCGUGGAGCCGCCGCGGCCGCCGCCCUCGCCCUCGCCGCCGCCCGCGCCCAGGGCCGCCGCCCAGCCCGCGCACAAUAGUGCAGACGAAACAGCGCCCGCCGCCGCCAAAGCCCAAGCCCCCAAGGCCGCCGCCGCCCUCGCCGAGACCCCCCAAGCCGUCGCCGAAGCCGCCGCCCUCCCCCAAGCCCCCCAAGCCCUCGCCGAAGCCGCCGCCUUCCCCCAGGCCGCCGCCAUCCCCUCGGCCGCCGCCACCGCCCAGCUGUGA